AUGACGGAGAAGCAGGUGGAGGGUAACAAGUGUAAAUGCUUAAAUAUUACAUGUGAUGAGAACAUCAAUGGUCCAUGCUCUAAGGACGCAUGUAAAACGUGCAAGUCGUGCUGUAGCCCCGGAUGUAAGGGCUGCAUAAAGAACUGCAGCACGAAUGAGCCAUGUCCUUGCGACGGCUACGUAAUUGGCAGGUGCCCAGAUGGCAUCAAAUGCCAAGGCCAUGUCAAAUACGACAACGGCAAACCUGUAUGGGAUCGCAAAGAAUACGAAAACAACUGCAGGAAACUUCACGGUGUUAACUGUACCUACAACUGCGAUAGGUGGGCCAUUGGUGUACGAGACAUGAACAAAAAUUGCGUCAUUAUAUGCACAUACUGCAACAAACUAUGUUCCCAAGACUGGUGCAGAAUAUGGCUAGGUGUUCUAAUCAUCGGUUUGAUCAUUUUAUCAUGCUUUAUUGUCAUGUGGGGCAUGUUUCCCGAGACAUUCCACCGGAUGACGACUGGAAUCCGCGCCGCAUUUCCCAUCUCGCCUGUGUCUUCCUGCAGAUCCCCGAGUCAUCUCGUCGGUGACAGAAUUCCCGAUGAGGUGAACAUUGACCGCUACCCCGCCUUCAGUCGGAGGACAUACGCUGGCUUGUCGUAG